UUGUAAUUGUGAUGACACGAGAGGAACUUUUUGCUCUGAUAUAUAGGUGCAAAAUAUGAAAACGCGUCGUAGCCAGGCAAGUUCUCCCUAUUCAGAUUCCCAGUAUUUCUGGAACGGACAACUGGAACAAUGGAUGGAUUUAAGAGCAAACUACAUCCCUGAGGGUCAACUUCCAACGUGCAGAGAAAAGCCAUCGAGACAGAACUUCAGAGAAGCUGACCGAUUAUCAAAUCUUUGUAUCGACCUGAGAGCAGAUUUACUGACAAGCUGGACCGAUCAUGAUAGAGCCAAUUUCAUUCAAAGAUUUACCGAGGUUGGAAAAGAUUUUCAGUUGAUCUCAAACGCUUUGCCAGGAAAGACGGUGGCUCAAUGCAUUCAGCAUUACUACCUCACCAAACAUCGAUGUUGCUACAAGAACUUACGAAAGAAGGCGAUAAAUCAAAACAAUGGACUUCAAACACGUCGGGUGAAAUCAUGCGGGAUUCAUAGGGCGAACAUACAACAGCGAUCAGCAAUUCGUGAUAUUGCGAAUGUUUCUGCUGUUAAAGGAAAGAUUCGAAAAACGUUUUCUUGUCCAGAGCCUAAGAUUGUAGAAGCCAGAGAAACAUGUAAGAAGAGGAGAAAGAGGGAAGCGGGUGCUUCAGAAGUCACGAUACAACGUAACAAAAACGCCAAUAGAAGGUUUAGAAACACCGCUGGGAGUCCCAGCGAAGAGGAAAAUGCAGGUAUAUACAAAGACUCUGAAAGAACAACGGAGGGAAAAUCACUAAAAUACGUUAAUCGAGGCAAGGGUGUCGCAAAAGGAUCAAACACGUGUGGCCAAGUUACUUCCGCUAGAGCGGAUCACAUGAAUAAUUUGCAAGAGCCGAAUCGUGGAAAAUCGAAGAAAAGAAUGAGAACUAAUGGCCAAGGCAAUAACCACUCUACCCACAGAGGAAAGUUAGGCAAUGAAAAAGAAAGAAUUUGUGUUGAAUCCUCAGGCUUAAGCCAACUGGGUAAAGCGAAUAAAACUGCUCUAAAGACUAUGAGUGAGAGAACGAAUGGAGCUCUUACGCUCCGAGAAAUCAAGAACGGUCGAAAGUUACUCAAACGAAAGAAAGCUGAUUCAUUGGGUAAGGAGUUUGAAACCAAAAUCCAUCGAAGAAAAGGAUUCAAGACAGACCCAGCUAAGGUCGAUCAUCAUGUCGAUAUGACAGCAGAAGUACUUUGUAAGGAUGAUAAGGGGAAUCCGAAAAAACGCAGCUCGGUAAAAAGAAAGCAGAUGCGACCUAAUACUUUUGUAGACGAGUGGUCUGAAGUACCAGACGCAGCGAUGCCUUGUGGUAAAAACACAAGGAGAAAGCUUUCAAAAAGACAUUACCCCUUAAUUAAAAUCAAGAGCAAAUGUCGAUGCCCUGUAAAAUCAACUGGCGAGAAUGAUGAUGAUUUUGACAAGACGACAUUGUGUAACAUGGCCGAAGAAUCCCACCUAGAACAACGUGGGGAAAUUAUGCGAAAUAUAGAACUUUUCAAAGCUGGUUGCAAUUCAACAACGAAUCGCAAGGGUGGAAUUGCCGCAAAAUACGGUGAAACGUAUGGACAAACUUGGCAUGAUGACGACUGCGUGAUAACGUGUGUGAAGAGAAGAGGUGACAAAGAGCGAGAUGGAGCGAUUGUAGAGAGUGAUGUGGUAGGUUCAUCGUUCGCUAUUCCUUCUACAAUGGAAGAAUCAUUUGAGUUGAAUGAUGGUGAUAACAGCCACGAGAGAAGUGCUGAACGAAAAAUACCAGCAAACGCAUUAAAUGUUUUCAAUAAAGCGACACUGACUUCGAGCCGGAAAGAGCGAUCUUGGGAAAAAAUCGAAAAGGGAUCGAAACAGCCGGGGGUUCACAAAACUGGUCAAAUAACGAGCUUUAAAGAGAAUCGAACCAGACUCUCUCUCAACGUAAAGACAACAAGGGAAAUAACAACGAUGACGACAAAAACUAAGACUUCUAUUAACCGCCACAUGAAGCUCCUAAACCAAAGGAGCGUGGGGCGGAGUAGACGAGUCAUACAGGGAAUCAAAAGAUGGCGCUCGAGUGAAUCAGCAGAUGAAAAGAAAUAUAAGGUUUUCGUCACGAAAAAACGGCCCGCUAAAGGCAACGAGACAAAGCUGUCUGAACAGGGAAAGAGUGGAAAAAAGGAGCCCCGGCCUCUUAAGAUUCAGCGCAACAAAAGUUGGCCGUAAUGACAUGGUAUUAUUGGUAGUAAAACCGGAAACAUUCCGACUGGGAGAAAGUUAAAAAAAAAACCUACAUGAAAUCGAUCCUCAGUAGAGAAUAUACAAAAAUGCUGAAUCGUCUGAAAUUCUAUUAUAAACAAAUGAUAUAAAUUUUUAUUUGCACGUAAAAAAUAAUUGAAAAUUCUCCCUUAAGUUUCCUCUUUUCGGGGAGACACGAGCUUUGGUCCCGAGACAAAAAUUAUGGUUCCUAUAAUUCUUCAGUUUUCUCGGCCUCGAAUACGUCCCUCAAGGGAGAGUUUCCUGCACUUUUUAAACUGAUCAAAUCAAUAUUAAUUCUAUAUAGACAAUCUCUCUCUUUAAAAUAUUGCAUAUACCUUAGAACGGGGCGCAUUCUCGUACAUGUCAUAUUUUAAACUACUACCAACGAAGUUAAGCCUUGAGAUUAUUGUAUAAAAUCAUGAGAUAUUUACGACUUAACUUCUUGUUCUUGAGGCACUUUUUUCAGAAACUCGUCACAUUAAGAAUGAAAAUAGCAAAGCUUUUGACCAAUUUAAAUAAACUUGGAUAAGGUG